AUGGCCGCAAUCACAGAGCAACUUUCAAUCCAAAAGCUGCACAUCAAUGAUGCGCCCCCAUCAGUUGUCUCAUUCGAACCCUUUGAUCUGCCAUCGUCGAACCAACGUGUGCUGGGACCUCCCCAUCCACCGAACACAGUGAUACCCCUCGCCCUCCAACUGACAACAACCAUUGAUAUCCCAAGCCUCGACGAGAUAGUAGAGACAAUCAAGACUGCCCAACAAAAAGAUGGCACGUUUACUAAACGCCUUGCUCGACAUGGCACUUUACUCUUCCGAGGUCUCCCCAUCCAUAACGCAGAAGAAUUCAGCAAAUUCGCCCACGCCUUCGGCUACAAACCUCACGAGAUAAUCGGAAUAGUCGUCGACAGACCUCUCCUCGCACCGAACGUCGCACCCGCCAACGAGGCACCCAAAGAAGUCCUCAUAUACAACCACAACGAGUCCCCGCAAGUACCGCAUGCGCCCGAAUACAUUUUCUUCUACGGCCACCACGCCCCCAAGAAGGGCGGCCAGUCGCCCAUCUCGUCAUCGCUGGAGAUCUUUAAUCGUGCUCAGCUCGAGAUCCCCGAGUUCAUCACCGAGCUAGCAGAGAAAGGCAUUCUAAGCCGAGUAACGUAUAAACACGAGAAACAAUACGCGGGCGGCUCUACGCUCCGUCAAGCUUUUGGGAAAGAGAUCGUGGAUGGGGAUGAUGAGCAUACUAAGCGGCGGAAGAUUGAGGCGCAAAUUGCGCGGUAUGGACGGGGGGAGCAUACGACGUGGGAGUGGACGGAUGAUGGGUUGGUUUUGACGCAUCGGUUGCCUGGGAUCAGGACUCAGCCUGGUACUAAUUUGCCAACUCUGUUCACUGGAUUGGCGGCCUAUUGGAAGAGGACGCAGGUUGAUUCAGAGGCUCGUAAGAAUGUUACGCAGCAGCUUUUUGGUGAUGGGUCCGUUAUUCCGGAAAAGUAUCUGGCGCAUCUCGCGAAGAUUACCGAUGAAGUUCGAGUUUUGCAUCAGUGGCAGGAAGGGGACGUGCUUGUUUAUGAUAAUGUUAUUGCCCAGCAUGGCCGAGAGCCCUGGGAAGGCGAACAGGCUGAUCGAGUGGUUUUGGCAAGUUUAUUCGAUGGCCCGAGUGUCCCAGGGGCGUAUGGGUAUGGGGACUGGGCUCAAGUGGUCCAGGCUCUCGAUUGA